CCGAGAUUUCCCCCAAAGUCUCGCGGUAAUGGUUGGUUGCUGUGGUAACGUCAAAAGAAGUGUACUGCUAGCUAGCUUGCUUGCUACAACAAAAAUACAAACAAUCAAUUCACAGUCAAGUCAUAUUGAGCGGUUUGACACCUAUACAAAACACGAGGAUUUUGUGGAGAGGAGAGAAACCAGUGUGAAAAGAUGGCGAGCCAGAGGCCACCGUCAGGUAGACCGAUGAGUCGGGGGUCUCUUGUACCAGGGACUGGGAGACCUCCAACUGCCAUCAGACCUCCACCCACAGCCGUUAGGGUCGGAACUGGGAUUGUUCCGGGUACUGGGCGUCCUGGAACCAGAGGAGGAGCCCUAGGGACCCCUGGUGUUCUCUCUGCUCAAAUUAAAGUGGCCGACCGGCCAGUCACCCAGCAGGGCCUGAGCGGCAUGAAGACUGGCAUGAAGGGACCUCAGAGGCAGAUUCUGGAUAAAUCCUACUACCUUGGCCUUCUCAGGAGUAAGAUCAACGAACUGACAACGGAGACCAGCAAACUGCAGAAGGAGAUUGACACCUUCAAUCAGGAGAACUCUGUUUACCUCUCCUAUGAGAAAAGAGCAGAAGGACUUGCUGGUGAACUGAAAGAUCUACAGGGACAACUGGCAGAUUACAACAUGCUAGUUGACAAGUUGAACACCAACACUGAGAUGGAGGAAGUGAUAAAUGACUUCAAUAUGUUGAAAGCACAGAACGACCGAGAGGCUCAAAGUAUGGAUGUCAUAUUCACAGAAAGACGAGAGAAGGAGGAGAUGAUCCGUGCGGUGGAAGAGGAGAUGGAGAGGGAGAAGCAGGCCGCUGAUGACAUCAUCAAAAAGAUGUCUCCAGAGAAACAGGACCAGUACGCUGCCAUGAAGGCCAACAACGAUGAGCUGCUACAGGAGCUGGAUGGUCGUCAGGAAGAGCUGGACACCCUCAUAACACGGAAGGAGACGUUUGAAGCAGAGCUGUAUCACUCCCAGGUGAAACGGGAAGCUGUGUUACUACACGAGAAGCUUCAGGAGCUGGAGCUGAAGAGAGACGCCAUGGUGGCAGAGGACAAGAGCAUGGGAUCGCCCCAGGAGGAGAGGGACAGGCUGUUUAAACAGGUAAAAGAAGACAACCAGGAAACAGCAAGCAUGGAAAGACAGUUGACUGAGAUGCGUGAGAAGAUGAGCCUGAUCAACGAGGAGAUCCGACAGCUCGACAAUAACAUGGAGGAACACCAAGGUGAACGAAACCAGAAGUACAAAGAACUAAAGAAGAGAGAUGAGACUAUGGACAGUUUUCUGGAUUCAUUUGAUGAGACUAAAGCUACAGAGGUGGAGAAAAACCGUCAGACACAGGCCAUCAUCGUAGCUCUACUGGAACACUCCAGCAGAAACAUGAACCGGAUGCGCCAGAUCUCGUCGGUGACGGCCAGUGAGCUCAAGUCCAUGCAGGAAGACCUGAGCUUCAAGGAGACGGAGAUGCACAAGUCCCAGAACACAGCCAAGGGUCUGUCUUCAGAGAACCACCGUCUGACCCUUGACCUGCAGAAGGUAGAGCAGCUGGAGAGUAAGAUCAACACAGAGCUGACCAGCCUGAAGGACAGGAUAGAGACCAUGACUCAGGAGCUGGAGACGUACAGCAACCUGGACAAUCUAAAGGCUGCUGGAGAGGACAAGAAGAAGAGGCUGCAGGAGGACAGAGUAUCCCUGGCCCAGAGGAGAGACGGCUUUCACAAGGUCAUGCAGAAGAUGAAUGAGGUGUAUGAAGCUCUGAAAACACAGCUACAGGACAAUGAGACACAUGCUCAGCUGACCAAUCUGGAGAGGAAGUGGCAACAUCACGAGCAGAACAACUUCGUCAUGAAAGAGUUCAUCGCCUCUAAGGGUAUGGAGAGCGACUACCGUCCGGUGGUGAAGACUGUCUCCAGGCAGCUGGCAGAGUACAACAAGAUCCUCAUAGACACCCUGCAGGGAACCAAGAUCUAGGAACUGACUCGGGGACAAGGACAGCUACAGCUUCCUCUCUCUGGAGGCAGUCUCCAUGUCCCACUUCCUGCAUCAACCCCUCUGUCAUACACUACCGUUUAAAAGUUUGGGGUCACUUAGAAAAUGACCUUAUUUUUUAAAAGAAAAGCCAUUCUUUUUUUUGUCCAUUA